UCGAGCCUGUCAUUCUUUUGAAAAGAAGAUUUCAUUCCUUUGAAAAUUUUGUUCUAUCCACGAUAUUUCAAGAAAAAUAAAGUAAAAUUUAUUCAGAGGGUAGGUGACAUGGGAGGGUGCAUCGGUGACUAGGGAUCAGUUGCAGUUCAACCGUUGCACACGAUGGAUCAACUACAAGUUUAUUACAAACAGACUAUAUUCGUGUUAUCAGCAGUAGGUCUGUGGCCAUAUCAGAAUAAAUACUUCCGAUUGGUUUACAAUAUCUUCAUCAUCUUCAUGUAUCUUUCGUUCUUUUAUACGCAGAUAACCGCUAUUACGAACACAAAACAUACCCUGCAUUAUUUACUGAGGUGUAUAUUUUACCUGUCAGUGGGUAUGGGUUCGCUACUGAAAUACUGUACAUAUUACCUUCAAGCAGACACAAUUAAACAGCUGAUGGAUGAAGUGAAACACGAUUGGAGAAUAGAAAAUGAUGAAAUGCUUGAAAUUCUCAGAAACUUCGCAAAUUCGGGAAAACAUUACGCCUUCUAUUUCGCGUUGAUUUGUUUUACACCAGCCUUCAUACUCAUAGGAUGCGAGAUGUGCAAUUAUAUUUUGGAUGCAGUCGCACCGUUAAAUUAUACUCGUCCGUACGUUGUACCGGCAGUAUACUUCGUUGACGAAAGGAAGUAUCGUUUUUUGAUUCUGAUAUAUCGGUCUUUUGCAUUCUUGGGAUGUGCAGCUGUGUUUGUUGGGACAGAGUCAUUGAUUAUUAUGUGGCUGCAUCAUUUCAAUGCUUUAUAUGUACUCGUCAGCAAUUACAUUUACCAAGGUGUCAUGGAACAUAUCGGUCACACUUCAAACGAACAUUUAGGUAACAGUAAGAGACUCUUAAUAAGAGCUGUAGUUAUCCACAGAAGAGUAAUGAAGUAUAUGGACAUUUGGGAAAAUAUUACGUCAUUAUCGUACGUCUUUCUUCUUCUAUUUGCUACCAUUAGCCAAAGCAUUAACAUAUUUAUUCUGUCUCAAACUAUUUUUAAAUUAGAGGCAUAUAAAGAUACAGUGUCGUGUUUGGCAUUUGCAUUUUGCGAACUGAUAUAUAUUUUUUACAUCAUGUACAUAGUGCAACAACAUUUAAAUAUUUCUGAAAACGUUACUUUGCAGUUAUACAAUACUAAUUGGUACGCGGCUUCUUUGUCUACGCAAAAAUUCUUGUUGUUCGUUAUGAUGAAAACAUCCGAAGAGCGUCACUUCAAAUUAUUCAUCUUCGUUAAACCAAACCUGGAAGGUUUCGUGCAGAUAUUAAAAGCGUGUAUCUCCUAUUUCAUGGUAAUGGCUUCUGUAGAAGGACGAUAGAAAUAGUAUUGAUGUAACAUUAUAGAAACAUGUAAUAGAAAAUUAAUUACUUAAGUAAUUAACAGUAUUUAACAUAGAAUGCACAGAAACAAACGAGACUUCACAGUGUAGUGCCUUCGUAAUUGAAGAUUAUUAAAUUAAUCACCAACUGGAUGGAACGAAUAUUGAAUUAAUUCAGCGAUUGUAAAAAUGUAAUCUUUGACUUGUAUUUACUUUGAUGUUAAACCGAGCUUUAAUAUUACAGGAAAGAUAUAAUGAAGUUAUACCUAACUAGAGAAAAUUUUGAAUAACCAAAGAUUGUAUUGAAAGCGGAAAAUAUAAGCUGUAAACUAGAAGCAGCUGUUAGUAACACUCGAAGUUAAUAAAAUUUGCAUUACA